AUGUACUUCACAAUCCCCUCCCCGAGCGAGAUGCCGGGGCAGAUCCUUCUGCCGGCUCCGAAAGGGAGGUAGCGGAAGGUGUUGCCGCUGUAAUCCGCUCCGCCUGCUUCACGCAGGAACCUCUCGGGCUUGAACUCGGAGGCGUCCUCCCAUACUCGGGGGUCCCUGUGUAUAGCCCACACGUUAAUGAAUACCUUGGUUCCCUCGGGAAUUUUGUAG